AUGACGAGUAGACAACGUAGAGGAGUGUUGGAAUAUAGACCGAUUUCCAUCAAUUUGGGUGAAUUGGAUAGAGCGGACGGUUCGGCCAGAUUUUCUUUUGGCUCUACAUCAGCCCUUGCAUCCUCUUCCGGUCCGUUGGAAGUUCGUAUCCUCAAAGAAAAUCCUACUGGAUCAACAUUGGAAAUCAUUCAUCGUCCAUUAGAUUCAAUCCCUUCUACUUCUUCUCGUUCGUUCGAACAAAGUCUUCAAUCAAUCUUUUCAUCAAUAUUACAACUUGAUAAACAUCCUAGAUCUAUGAUACAAUCAGUCAUUCAAUCUUUCUCCCCUUCAUCGUUCACUACCACUUCCGUCAAUUCCAUUAUUGACGUCGAUCCCUCGAGCAAAGGGGUAUGGCCGACCCCUUCACGGGACAUCCCGGACCAAGGGAAAAGACGAUCGGCUCCAAUAGGAGAAGGAAAGAUUUUCUUUUCGGAUCGAUCUGUUUGUUUGAAUGCUUUAAGUUUAUCUUUACUUGAUUCUGGGAGUAUUGGAAUGAUGGCUUUACCUAUCAGUAUCAAUCUUGCUUUUUUAACUUUAUCUGACGCGCAGGUGCUGGUAUUGGUUAUUGAUCCCACUGUGGAAGAAGAGAUCAAGGCGAUUAGUAGACAUAUUUUCGCUUGGGCGUUUGGGUACGGAUAUGGUAUAGCAGAAAGGAAUAAAAAAGGGGUUCAAGAAGGAAAAGGGGAGUUGGUAUGGGCGGAAAGUGAGGGAGAUUUCUCUAGAUCCGAGGUGAGUGCUUUCAUCUUGCCUGUAAACAUAGUGACCAUGGGCGAAUCUUACCUGUUCUCCCGGGAAUAG